UGAGUUAUGGCGCUGGCAUAGAACCCUUUUGCUCGCUCGACACCUCGAUCUCCUCGGCGUUGCAACUAUUAUCUCCCCCUCCAAAAAAUCCCUGACUUCAGAAUGAGCUGGAAUUGUGAUAGUGCAGGUGACAUGGGGAUGGAUGUUCAAGAAGUUGGAUGUGCUAAGUUGAAUGGAUCGGUGGUUCGGCGUCUUGGACGGCGACCUGUCGCUACCCAAGAUUUUAGUAUGGCACACACUGUAGGUUGCUGCUCUCUGUUUCGUGGAUAGCUUCGCAGGAACGGAAAGUUGAGAGAAUGUUUUGACACACCAAUCGCCCGGCGUUGGAAUCUCGACACCGUAAGACAUUUAAACUAGAUUGCGACGAUUGAGUUGCACCAGGCGAUGACGUUCGGGUCGCUGGGCUCGCACUGUCUAUCCACACGUCUGACUUUUUUCCCGCGAAGGGGUUAGGUGUGAAAAUCUUUUUUGAUAGCUACGAGCACUUAGACGAGUCUUUUAGACGACGUCUUUUCCUCAGUGCGUGUAGACGUCAAUCAUCCGGAAUGUAUUAAGAAUCUCGUGUUCUCGGGCGUGAAUGUUCUUAAUUGCAGGAGUUGUGUCUUUAUUCCGGUAUCACAUUACUACUUCAGCUUUGGCGAACUGUAAACUUCUCAGCUUGCAGGUUCGGACUAGUUCGUCAUUGACCAGAUGUAUCUUUUAACUUAGCGCUGCAGCAUUGGGUGAAUGGUCUUUCUUACUCUUCUUGUGCGGUUGCAUAAAAUCGAAUAAACUCCCAUUUGAUAUAACUUUGGUUUCGUAUUCAAGAAGAUGUGAAGAGGAGCUGCGAUUCGAUAGUUUUAGUCACGUGCAGAAUGGCAAUUGCUGCUACGUUUUGUUCGCUGGCAUUUCCGCCGUGAUUCUCCAAUUCUAUUUCAAUUUGGGGGCUGAGCUGCAUAGCAGAUGUUGACGCACACGCUUGGAGUCAUUCAAAUGGACAUUGUGCAAAUAACAAGCCCUUCCGCGAAACUGAACUUAGCUAAGUUAGGAAUUUGGUUGUGAAGCUGGAAUAGUUGCAGAGAAGGCUCGCCUAGCCUGUUAAAGUUGCCACGGUCAUGAAAGUCGCAGACGAAGCUAUGGAGAAAGAUGACAAAAUGGAGAAGGAUCCGGAGCUGGGCGACGAGGGGCUCUGGAACAUUGACCUGUCGAAGAACAUGAGCACUCAUGGUUCAAGACGAACCUCGCAAUCGAGGUCACGGAGAGUGUCACGCGAUCUGCUGAGCAACAGCCUUGGUCCCUCGGGUGGAGUUUCUUAUGGCCUAUUUGGUGGCACUGGUGGCAACCCGCUGGAUUUAUCGCUUCGGCAAUCCAACAGGGACGAAGAUGAAGACGCACUGCGAUGGGCUGCCCUGGAGAAGCUCCCGACGUACCGACGCAUCCGCACUUCCAUACUCCAGAAGCACACAGGAAGCAUACGUGAGGUAGAUGUGAAGUAUCUGUCAAUGGCGGAUUUCCACCACCUUCUGCAAACGUUGCAUCGCCCAACAGAUAACGAAGAGGAGCAGCUCCUGUCAAAGAUGCGGAAGCGCUUAGACAGAGUUGGUCUGGAGCUCCCCACGAUCGAGGUUCGUUACGAGAAUUUGACAAUCAAGGCGCAGUGCCACGUCGGAAGCAGAGGCCUGCCCACUCUUUGGAACACUUUUCUCAACGUUAUGGAGAGUGUUGCUGAGUUCGUGCACUUAUCUACUUCGAAGAAGCAAGUGCUUACCAUUUUGGACAAUGUGAACGGUGUUAUAAAACCUGGCAGGACGACGCUGCUUCUAGGGCCUCCUGGAUCGGGGAAGACUACGCUCUUGCUGGCAUUGGCUGGGGCACUAGACAGUAGCCUCAAGGUGCAAGGGAAGGUCACGUUCAAUGGGCACACUCACAAGGAGUUUGUGGCACCGAAGACGGCUGCGUACGUAAGCCAACAUGACUUGCAUAUCGGCGAAUUGACAGUCCGGGAGACACUUCAAUUUUCUUCUCACGUCCAGGGCGUUGGGUCGCAAUAUGAAAUACUCGAGGAGGUGACAAAGAGGGAGAAAGAGAGUGGGAUUCGACCUGAUCGCGAUGUUGAUACCUACAUGAAGGCCACGGCAAUGCCAGGACCCAAAGACAACCUUGGAGUGGAGUAUAUCCUGAGGAGCCUCGGGCUCGACGUCUGUGCCGACACAGUGGUCGGAGAUGAAAUGCGACGUGGUAUUUCCGGUGGUCAGAAGAAGCGGGUUACAACAGGAGAGAUGAUUGUGGGUCCGUUGAAGGCGUUGUUCAUGGACGAAAUCUCUACAGGGUUGGACAGUUCGACGACGUACUCAAUUGUUAAGACUUUGUGCAGGUUCACGCAUGAGAUGUCUGCCACUACCUUAAUCUCUUUGCUGCAGCCGGCGCCUGAGACGUUCAAUCUCUUCGAUGAUGUGCUCUUGCUUUCAGAGGGGCAGGUCAUCUACCACGGUCCCAUCAAGAAUGUGAUCGAGUUCUUUGAGGGUUGCGGGUUCAAGUGCCCGGAGAGAAAGGGCAUUGCAGAUUUUCUGCAGGAGGUCACAUCACGCAAGGAUCAGGAACAAUACUGGGCAGACAAUUACAAACCUUACCGUUACGUACCCGUCAGUUUUUUUGCAGAGGAGUUUCAGAGGUUUCAUGUUGGGGUGAAACUAAAGGAUGAACUGGCCAUUCCGUUUCCGAAAGAGAAAUCUCAUCCUGCUGCCCUUGCGAAGCAAAAGUACGCAAUCUCGAACAAAGAGCUCUUCUUAGCUACCUUCAGUAGGGAGCUGACUCUCAACAAGCGCAACAGCAUCGUGUACAUUAUCAAAGCCAUCCAGAUUACGCUUGGCGCCUUCAUUUCCAUGACCACCUUCUUCCGCACACGGCUUGCAACAAACACAGUUGCUGAUGGGGCUCUUUAUUUCAACGCUCUUUUCUACGCAGUGAUCACCUUCAUGUUCACCGGGUUCGGGGAGCUUGCAUCCACAAUUGGUCGGCUUCCCGUGCUCAUCAAACAACGAAACAUGCUCUUCACCCCAGCAUGGGCAUACUCUCUCUCUGUCGCAGUGCUCAGCAUUCCCGUGUCAAUCUUGGAGGUUGGCAUUUUCACUUGCAUGUCCUACUUCGUGACGGGGUUCGCACCCCAGCCAGGCGCGUUCUUCAAAUACUUCUUGAUGUUGUUCUUGAUCCAGCAGCAAGCAGGCGGCAUGUUUCGAUUCAUUGGAGCCGUGUGCCGCACAAUGACAUUGGGCUUUACCCUCGGGUGGAUCAUCCUCCUGCUCCUGUUUAUGCUCGGAGGAUUCAUCAUUCCUCGUCCAGACAUGCCAGUAUGGUGGCGGUGGGGAUACUGGAUUUCUAACAUGAGCUACGCUGUACAGGGGAUUAGCUCCAACGAAUUCACAUCUUCUCGCUGGGACUCGCAAUACACUGGACCUGGUGGAGUCAACACCGUCGGCGCUAGAAUUUUGCAGAGUCGCGGUCAAUUUACACAAUCGUACUGGUAUUGGAUUAGCAUUGGCGCUCUCUUAGGGUUCUAUGUGGUGUUCAACAUUGGGUUUACCCUGGGGCUUCAGUACAUGCCUGGUGUGGGCAAGCCUCAAGCUAUCAUGUCCGAGGAAGAGCUAGAAGAGAAGGAAACUAAUCGUACUGGUGUAAGUCUACCGAAGUCGAAAUCUCAGUCACGAAAAGUGGCAUCUUUGUCGUCCAGAAGCUAUGGGUCACAAACAAGUGGCCGCCCAUCUGAAUCCGAUGUCGGAGAUGUAGCCGUAGAAGUGAAGCGCGGAAUGAUCCUGCCAUUUCAACCACUAUCGAUCUCCUUCGACGACGUUAGCUACUUCGUUGACAUGCCUGCGGAAAUGAAAACACCCGAAAUGACAGAGACCAGGCUUCAGUUGCUCAAUAAGAUUACAGGGGCGUUCCGACCAGGUGUCCUUACGGCCUUGGUAGGAGUUAGUGGAGCUGGGAAGUCCACUCUCAUGGACGUGCUAGCUGGGCGCAAGACAGGUGGCUACAUUGAGGGUGACAUUCGCAUCUCUGGGCACCCAAAGGUCCAAGAGACCUUCGCUCGCAUCUCAGGCUACUGUGAGCAGAACGACAUCCACUCCCCACAAGUGACGAUUCGGGAAUCUCUAAUCUACUCAGCUUGGCUUCGUUUAUCAGCCGAAGUCGACGACGAAAGCAAAAUGGUCUUUGUGGAGGAAGUGUUGGAGCUGGUGGAAUUGAAGCCGCUGGAGAAUGCCAUUGUAGGUCUGCCGGGAAUCACAGGUUUGUCAACGGAGCAAAGGAAGAGGCUGACAAUUGCAGUGGAGUUGGUUGCCAAUCCGUCCAUUAUUUUCAUGGACGAGCCCACGAGUGGGUUGGAUGCUCGAGCAGCUGCCAUUGUGAUGCGAUGCGUUCGGAACACGGUGAAUACAGGAAGAACGGUUGUGUGCACCAUUCACCAACCGAGCAUUGAUAUCUUCGAGGCCUUUGACGAGCUUCUGCUGUUAAAGCGGGGUGGUCAGGUCAUCUACGCAGGCGAACUAGGCCAGCAGUCCAAGCAUUUAGUUGAGUACUUUGAGGCCGUACCUGGAAUUUCCAAAAUCGCCGAGGGCUACAACCCUGCAACUUGGAUGCUGGAGGUGACCAACUCGGACAUGGAGCUUCAGUUGAACAUGGACUUUGCGGAAUAUUAUAGAAAUUCUUAUCUCUACAAGCGCAACAAAGACCUCGUGAAAGAGUUGAGCGUAGGAGCUCCUGGAUCGAAGCCAUUGGCAUUUGAAACCCAGUAUCCUCAGACCUCCUUUGAGCAGCUCAAGUGCAUCCUUUGGAAGCAGAACUUAACGUAUUGGCGCAGCCCCGAUUACAAUCUCGUCCGUUUCGCCUUUACUUUCUUCACGGCUCUUAUCUGUGGAAGUAUAUUCUGGCAAGUUGGGCAGAAAACAGGAAGGUCGACAGACUUGGUGAUCACUUUGGGCGCUUUGUAUGGUGCAACUUUGUUCAUCUGCUUUAACAACGCAAGCACGGUUCAAACAAUGGUAAGCAUCGAGCGAACGGUGCAUUACAGAGAAAAGGCAGCUGGAAUGUACUCAUCCAUUCCUUAUGCACUCUCGCAAGUGUUGAUGGAAGUGCCCUACGUCCUAGUGCAAGCCACCAUAUACUGUCUCAUCACAUACUCCAUGUUGGGCUUCGAAUGGACCGCCUCCAAAUUCUUCUGGUACUACUACAUCACCAUCAUCAGUUUGCUGAUGUUCACGUACUACGGCAUGAUGAUGGUGGCCAUCACUCCCAAUGUCAUCUUGGCUUCCAUCGUCAGUGCUUUCUUCUCCACGCUGUUCAAUCUCUACGCCGGAUUCUUGAUCCCACGACCGGCUAUUCCUGGGUGGUGGAUCUGGUACUACUGGGCUUGCCCAUUGGCCUGGACUGUGUAUGGCUUGAUCGCUUCACAAUUUGGAGACAUCACCAGGGCAUUAGUUAUAGUUGGCGACGAGUCGAGAAACAUCAACGUGAAAGACUACCUCGUGGAAACGUUUGGAUUCGAUCACGACUUCUUGCCUGUUGUCGGUCCCAUGAUCUUCAUUUGGAUGCUUCUGUUCGGAGCGAUCUACAUCUGUGCAAUCAAGUUCCUCAAUUUCCAGCGCCGGUGA